CACUAAUGCCUAUCCACCCACCAAUGCCUUCAUUUCAUUUUCACAUUCACAACUUUAAGCAGAAAACAAGUAAAGCUCCAAAAACCAUAAACAAUGUACCAUCCCAGAUUCAUCAUCUUGACCUUCCUAUAUCUGUCACCUGUUCUUCUCUCAAUCUGCUAUGGCCUAUCUGUUGUGGAUCUCAAUUUGCUGAAACACAGUGAUAUAAGUGGUGUAAUUACCAAAAGGGUAUGCACCAAGAGCAUUGUGGAGUGCUUGGAAGAAGAGACAGAAAUGGAUUCAGAGAGUAACAGAAGACUAAUGCAGCAGCAGCAGCAGCAGCAGCACAGGUACAUUAGCUAUGAGACACUGAAGAGGGACAUGGUUCCAUGUGAUAGAGCAGGAUCCUCUUACUACAGUUGCAAAGCAAGAGAAGCAAACCCUUAUAAUAGAGGCUGUGAAGUUAUUACUGCAUGUGCAAGAGGUUCUCAACCCAUCAGAACUUGAUUUCUUCCUUCUAAUCUUGUUUUGUUUUAUUUAUGACUUGUGAGCUUCCUAAAAAUC